GACUCCGAUUCCAUAUCGUUCCCGGAGAAACACGAUUGCCCCUUAAGAGGAGGGCUCUUAUCGCUUAUCUAACGACGCGGGUGCGACCGCAAGCAGUCCAGAAGUUUUGUACUUAAAUUAGUCGCAACUCGUAGCCCCAGACCGUUGGUGUUAGCUGAUUGCACGCUCGGACUUUUAAUCUGGUAAAAAUGGUCGUAACGUGUGAGAUCAGCUUCGAAAAUAAUAUACACGGUACCUUCUACGCCGGUCAACUUGUCAACGGCUGCGCAACCCUCAAAUGCGACAGGUCAAAGGAGGUUCAAGCUGUGUUGCUCAAGGUGGUCGGAUACUCUAUAACCAAAUGGAGCGAGAAGAGUCUGGGGUCGUCAAAGCUAUAUGCGGGCCGUGAGGAUUAUCUAGCAUCCAACACUUAUCUAUUGGGUUCCGAGCAAAAUAAUAACAGACACACCAUUCAGGCUGGGGUGCACAACUACAACUUCGCCUGCCAGCUGCCUUACCAAUGUCCAUCGUCCUUUGAGGGCCGCUAUGGGUGCAUCCGCUACAUAGUCAAGGUGCUGCUCAUUAGACCAUGGAAGUUCGAUCAGGCCUACACUAAGGCCUUUACUGUCCUCAAGAUGCUAGAUCUGAACUUUGACACACCCCAGCUUAGGUUGGCCGCUCACAGCGAAGGGUACCGCACAUUCUGCUGCGGUCCCUGCAAGACGGAUCCCCUGAAACUGGAGCUUAACCUGCCACAAGCGGGCUACGUGCCGGGUCAGAAAAUUCCCGUCACCGUGGUGGUGGUCAACAACACUUCCGUGGCCGUCUCCGAGCUCCGGCUCUCACUCGUAAUGCUGGUCAGGUACUACAGCGUCAGCCCGGAACACUCCCGGGUGGAACGGAUCAUAAUUUCGCGAGCCAAGGGGGACUCGGUGCUGAAGCAGUGCACCCGAUCCCUGAACAUCGAACUCCCCGUGCCCUCCACUCCGCCGACCUGCGUGGAGCUGAGCAACAUCAUCCAGAUCGCCUACCAACUGGAGGUGGAGGCUCUGGUGAAGAGUCUACGGGAACAGCAGCUGAUGGUCAUGCCGGUAACUGUUGGAACUAUUCCUCUGGCAGUGUCCGGCAUAGUGGUUCAACAGCCUCCUCGGCGUAGUGCGCACUACGAAGGACCUCAAUCCAGGAGAGAUCCUCCCGACGAGCUGCCCAUGGUAACUGCCCUUGGUAGUGUGCCUCACGAUCUGACGCACAGCCCUACUGUUGCAGCACUUCCAAAAUAUGAGGAAUCCCGACACACGCAGCGUGGCAAUAUCAACGAGGAAGAACUUCACGCCUUUGGGAUCAACGAGUUUGCGCCCCUUUAUCCUGUAUAUAGUAUACCCAGUCCUAUGCCAGUGAUUUCAGCAGAUACUCGAAAUGCGGGAUUCGUCAAUCAAAGCUUUCUCAAAUGAGCAUGGCGCUUUACUUGUUUAAACCAGUUCUAAAUUUAAAAUGCUUUAAUCGACAGUUGUUAUUGUUGUAAGUUAACGUAAGCAACAGUAAAUUUAAUUAAAACAUGUACAGUCAUCGUCGUAAUUAAAAAAAAACAAUGUUUUCUUAUUUUAAACACUAGACAUUCAA